AUUACAUAUGUACGGUAAUUUUACUAGAAGUACAAUAAUUUCAACCUGUGUAGUACGAUAGUAUGGCCAAAACAAUCUGGCAACGCUGGAGCGUACCACGUUCUUUCAGCCUCAGCAGCCGCGAGGAGCAGGUGUGGGCAUGACCUAAGGAUGAAGCUGUGGCAACAAAGAUUUAAAGGUCCUACAGAUGGUGGCUGCUAUCUCCAAAUAUCUCCUUAGAGACUCCAGGGUGAUAUUUUAUGGCCUAUACAGGAAAGCCAUGCUAGUAACACAUACUCCUGGAGUUUCAUCUGUGGUGGAUGGCUGGCCUCCCUUACAUAGCUUGGCAAAUCUUGAUUCAAGGAAAGCUAAGCUAGUAACACAUACUCCUGGAGUUCCAUCUGUGGUGGAUGGCUGGCCUCCCUUACAUAGCUUGGCAAAUCUUGAUUCAAGGUACUUGGGCAGCGAGCAAACCAAAACACAGGACCACGCUUACUCGCUUACUCGACUACCCUGCACAAAGGAUACAUCACCGCCACAAUCAUGGACUACAGCGGAAUUAAGAAAAUUCCUGAAAGAACGAGCUAUACCCUAUUCUGGAUAUAGUAAAGCAAAGAAAGCCAUGCUAGUAACACAUACUCCUGGAGUUUCAUCUGUGGUGGAUGGCUGGCCUCCCUUACAUAACUUGGCAAAUCUUGAUUCAAGGAAAGCCAUGCUAGUAACACAUACUCCUGGAGUUUCAUCUGUGGUGGAUGGCUGGCCUCCCUUACAUAGCUUGGCAAAUCUUGAUUCAAGGCAUUUUCAGUAGUGUCAUCGACAGUUCAAAUGCUUUGCUUGCAAAAGCACACGGAAGCAUACGUGCCCAGCCUUUCCGGGCCCAGAAGGCAAACAACCAAUCAGCAAAUAGUAGGCACAGCAGAACAGCAUUUAGGUUCCCAUAGAAAUGUAUUUUUGAAAAUAAAAUACAGUGGAACCUCAAUUCUCAAACUUACUUCGUUCCUGAAACCUGUUCAGAAACAGAAACUAUUUUCCCCAUAGAAAUCAGUACAAAGUGGAUUAAUCCAUUCCUGGAUGCCCCUCCACCCUGUCUCAGUAGAUUAUGACAGAUGCUCCCACUGCCAGGAUGGCUGCUCCACAACAUCUCCAGCUCAGAAAUUACUUAUUUAGAAAAGACAGAAUGAGUUUAGUGAUUUAGUGACAAAACUCAUCAGAAAAUACUGUUUAGACUGUGCAGGUAUUCUUUGUCACUGGUCUGGUGAGGGGAGCACCUCACUUACCACAGAAAUGAAGGUGAUCAUAACACUUAGACAUAUUGCUGUUGAGAAAAGCCACAAAGAAAAUGUACUUUUGCAGUGGUGAUGGCAUUGUGGGGUCAUUGAAAGAACCACAGGUAGCAUGACAUUACUCCUGAGUGCCAUAAACUGUUUCCUUACAUCAAGAAUCUUCAAGGGGAUCAGAUUGAACCUGUUUGAACGAUUGCAUUUCCUACUGGCUACCCUCUAAAUAUGUAAUAAGAAAAAAAUAUUUAUAGAAACUAAAUUAGUAAUAAACAGCAGCUUUUGCUUUGUCUUUUAGUAUUUUAAAUCAAGUAAAUUUGUUUAUGAACUCAAUUAUUGUACAGCAACUGACAAUAACUGAAAAUGCCUUAUAUUUCCUCAACUUCACAUAAUUUCUUAGUUUCUAAAAUUGUAUACAGGGACAACUACAAAAAAAAGUUGCUUUUAAAAAUGAAAUUGGCAGAUAUGUCAAAAUUUCCUAAGAGAUAAGUUUCAGGAUAUUUGCCUGUCGGGCCAAAUCUGGGCAAGAGAUGAGGACAUGUUCUUUACUCAUUCUCCAAUCAGAUUUGGAAGAACAAACAAAGACCUUGUUAAUCCCUGACUGUGACUGUUCCCAGUCAGUUUCAUACCAUGGCCACACGUCAUCAUGUUAACGCCUGUAUUUGUUAUAAUAAUCAUGCUACACACGUAGCUUAGUAUAGUGAUGGAAUUGUUUCAUUUCAGGAAAGCCAUGCUAGUAACACAUACUCCUGGAGUUUCAUCUGUGGUGGAUGGCUGACCUCCC